AUGACUCUAUCUCAAAUCUUGCCACAGUUAUUGAAGACCAAUCCGGUAACUCUGAAGGAAGCUCCGAAAAAUCCCAACACAACAACCCCUAAUUAUCACCCCAAUUCCCGUUGCGCAUAUCACUCAGAAAGUCCUGGGCACGAUACCAACAACUGUUGGGCCCUGAAAAACAAAAUACAAGAUCUCAUAGAAGCAAAGGAAAUCGAGUUUGAUGCGCCCGAGAAGCCAAAUGUUAUCUCUGCUCCCAAGCCCAGACAUGGCCACAACGCCAAUGCUAUUGAAGAAGACUUGUUUGUUACCACAGUUGAUGAACUCGUGACUCAUCUCCCAAUCAUUAAAGUAAACUUGUUGAAAGUCGGUGUGUUCUCGGGCUGUAAUGAAGUUUGCCACCUUUGCUUAUCCUCACGAACUGCUUGCCCUUUAUUGAAAAUAGGCAUUCAAUGCUUGAUAGACAACAAAGAGAUUUUGUUUGAAUGUACUCAUGUUUCACCUGUUUCUGUUGAAGACAUUUCGAUCAUUACCAUAUCCUCCAAUUCUUCCAGGGUUUCCAAAAAACCUGUUAGAAUUACAUUGGUUCCGAAAGUAACUCCUCUUAUAAUCACCAUGCCUGGGCCAGUCCCAUAUGAAUCAGACAAGGCCAUACUGUGGAAUUAUGAUGGGGACAUUUAUUACCAUGGCAUCAAACAAGAUGGGCUGGCCGCCGAAGAAAUGAGCUCCGAAAAAGAAGACUCCGACAUUAGCAAUAUUGUCGGAACCAGUAAGAUUACCCGUAGCGGUAGAAUCUUCUCUCCAGAGAUUGCCCCUCCAAAGGCAGUUUUUGGACCCGUGGCAGUUCCAAAGGUUACCUACAUACCAAUAAUCAUAUCCUAA